AUGAGGAAGCCCGAGGGGUCGGAAAAAAGGGGGACGGCGGCGGCGAAGCUAAGAAAAGGGCUGUGGUCGCCUGAGGAAGACGAGCGGCUGAUGAAUUACAUGUUGAGCAACGGACAAGGCUGCUGGAGUGACAUUGCUCGAAAUGCCGGGCUUCAUAGGUGCGGGAAGAGCUGCCGCCUCAGGUGGAUCAAUUAUCUGAGGCCCGACUUGAAACGAGGCGCUUUUUCCCCUCACGAGGAGGAACUUAUCCUGCAUUUGCAUUCCAUUCUUGGCAAUAGGUGGUCUCAGAUUGCUGCGCGCUUGCCGGGAAGAACAGACAACGAAAUAAAGAAUUUCUGGAACUCCACAAUCAAGAAGAGAUUAAAGAACAACAAUAACGACAACAACACGACUUCAUUCUCCUCACCAAACAACAGCGACUUAUCGUCCGACCACCUCAUUAUCAACCCAAAUAUUGCAACGAAAACACAAUGCCCGAUUUUCAUGCAAGAAUACGAGCUUCUCUCCUCCUCCUCCUCUUCCUCAUCCAUCCAGCCCAAUCAAGAUUUGACUACUUUACCCCUCACACAAUUCACGAACAACCCUUUCAAUAUUCUUGAUGAUCAUCAUCAUCAAAAUAUCUUUGACAUUAAUUCGGGUUCGGAGCCAUUAUUCAGCCUGCCGCCUUCUACAUAUUUGCAUGAGCAACAGGUGUUGAUUAACAAUAUGGUAGGGGGUGGUUUGGGGGAUCUCAUGGAUUCAUAUGUCAUGGGAAUGGAAAAUGACAUUUCUGCCCCUGGAUUCGAGACGAAAGGGGUUGAGGAGCAAGAAGAGAGAAGUGGUGGUGAGUCUGUUGGGAUUGAGAAUAAUUGGGAAUUAGGAGAAGGCUUCAAAAUGGGAGAAUUAGAUUGGGAAGGUUUGUUGGCUAAUGUCUCCACCUUACCUUACCUUGACUUCCAUUUUCAAUCAUAG